AUGCCCGCUCAGCGCAGGGAAGCCCGAUGGAGGCCGGCCGGGGCCAGUUCCCCCGCGGGUCCGUCACUGACUAGCCGGUGCAGAGUCAUCGUGCCCACGGCUCCUCACCGGCCGCUGCAGGCCGGGAGCCGCUCUGCCGCGACGCUUACGGCUCCGGCCUGCAGGGAGAGCGGCCAAGCUUCCGAGAGUGCGCAGGGGGUAAAGGCUCACCGGAGGGAAGACGCUGAAGCGUGGAGACCGACACCGAGCACCUUUCUCCGCGGGAAAGACACUCCGACAGUGCCCAAGUAUCCGAGGCUAAUAUGGCCCCCGCGCGUGCGCAGAACCGCCGGGGGCGGGGCAGCCGAGGACGCGGACGUUCUUCUGGGGGGGCGGAGCGAGAGUCGAUCGCCCUCGUGUGCGCUGGGGGAUUGGGCUAAGGCCUCAGACAUCGUGGAGCAGAGACAAGCUGUCCUAGUGCCUGUCUGA